AUUUGUUAAACAUCUUUUCUUAUCAUAAAAUUCGGCCACAUUAUCUAGUACGCCUAGAUUACAGACAAAAUCUUCAAUUAAUCGUGAAGUCUACGUUCUGAUUAAUAGUGUUUUUUUUGUGAAACAACAGAUAAUGUACUUUGUACUGCUGGUCCUUACUGCCUUGUUUGGUGUUGACAACGUUCAGGGUUCUCAGUGCGCAUGCGCCACUACUGACGUCCAUGUUAGAAAUGGAGCUGGAACCACCCAUACCAUACUGACAACCCUGGCCACAGGCCAUUGUCUUACCUUUAAAGGACACCGACAAACUGUCAGUGGAGCAUCUUGGGUAAACGUGAACUAUCAUGGACAGGAUGGGUGGAUACAUGAAGGAUACGUUAGAAUAUCUACUUGUGCUUCUAGCUCAAGUCAUAGCCAUGUACAGCUACCUGGAUGCCCCAAAAUCAUAACACGUGCGGAAUGGGGCGCUCGUGCAUCCACCUCCACACACGGAAAACUGCAUCUCCCAGUAAAAUACAUGUUUAUACAUCACGGCGGCGUACCUCACUACUGCCAUACAAAGGCCGAGUGUAUACAACAGGUGAAAGGCUACCAAAAUUACCACAUGGAUGGUCACGGCUGGUCUGAUAUCGGAUACAGCUUUGUUGUUGGGGAGGACGGCAAUGUUUAUGAAGCUCGAGGUUGGGACGAUGUUGGUGCGCAUACGCUCAAUUACAACAGUGUGGGACUUGCAAUAUGUGUGAUCGGAGACUUCACUAACCGCGCACCAAACGACGCUGCACUUAAUGCUGUCAAACAGUUGAUCUCAUGCGGAGCUGCUAAUGGAAAACUUUCCAGUUCCUACCUUUUGCGGGGACACCGAGACGUGGGUUCAACGGCUUGUCCUGGAAAUAAACUUUACGAUCUCAUCCAGCACUGGCCACACUACUAGAUAUGAAGCAUUCACGUGAUGAAAUUCCUUGUUCUUAAAUGAAUAAAGAAUUUGUAAC